UCGACGUUAUUUGCAGAAAAAAAAUCUGUAUACCCGGUAUAUUAACGAGAUGACGCACGAAGGAGUUAAUUACAACUGGAAUUGAAAACGAGGCCUUAAUAAAAAAUUGCCGACAGCGUAUUAUCUUCGAUAGGCGAUUCGCGUCUAUAUUAAAUCGAAUCGAAUCGAUCCUCGACUGAACGUAGAUGCAGGUUGUUGGCUAUUGAUUUCGGAUCUCCCGAUAUUUCGAAUUUUUAAAUUCUAAAUUUUAAGAAAAAUUCCAGUCUGUCGAGGGAGGAAACCGAUCAGGGUAGAAAAAUGAGGGAAAUCGUGGUGUUACAAAUUGGUCAGUGCGGAAACAACGUAGGAGGAAAGUUUUGGGAGGUAAUUUCGGACGAGCAUGGCUUGAGACAGGACGGAAUAUUUUGCGGCGAAUCGCAGCUUCAGUUACAACGUUUGAACGUGUACUUCUCGCAAGGACCAGGCGACAGAUACGUGCCAAGAGCAGUCCUGGUUGAUCUCGACCGUGGAAGCUUGAACGCUGUGUUGUCCACCUCGUACGGUAGAUUGUUCAAUCCUGACAAUUUUGUGGCUGGCCACGUAGGGGCAGCAAAUAAUUGGGCAAAGGGUUACUAUACUGAAGGAGCCGAGCUGGCCGAGACGGUGCUGGAUCUGACUCGCAGAGAAGCCGAAGCCUGCGAUCUGAUGCAAGGCAUUCAAAUGGUUCAUUCUCUGGGCGGCGGUACCGGAGCCGGCAUGGGUGCCCUGUUGACGAACAAACUGAAGGAAGAGUAUCCGGAUAGAAUUCUAAAGAACUACAGCGUGAUACCGUCGCCAACGAUGUCGGACGUGGUUGUAGAGCCGUACAACGCGGUACUAGCUCUCGGCAAAUCGAAGGAUAACGUGGACGAAACCUUCUGCAUGGACAAUCAAGCUCUUCAUCACAUCUGCACGCACGUUUUAAAGCUUUCCACGCCAACCUUUGGCGACGCUAAUCACCUGAUAUCCGCUUGCAUGGCAGGUAUCACCACUUGCCUACGAUUCCCUGGUCAGUUGAACACAGAUCUGAGGAAACUACAGGUCAACCUGGUACCUUAUCCGGGCCUCCACUUCUUCGUGCCCGGUUACGCUCCUCUCACCAGUAGGUCAGCCGCGGCUUUCAGAGUACUCUCGGUUCCAGAGUUGACGCAACAAUUGUUCGACGCGAAUAGCAUGCUCGCCGAUUGCGAUCCUCGCCGGGGCAAGUUCUUCACGGUGGCUGCCAUCUUCAGAGGCAGAAUGUCGACCAAGCUCGUCGACGAACAGAUGCUGAACAUACAAAACAAAAACAGUCCCUAUUUCAUCGAAUGGAUCCCGAACAACGUUCAAACAGCCAUCUGCGACAUUCCACCGCGAGGUCUUGCCAUGAGCGCCACCAUGAUAUCGAACACCACAGCGAUCCAGGAAUUGUUCAAGAGACUGACGGAUGGUUUUAGCGAUAUGUUGAAGAAGAAAGCGUAUCUACAUUGGUACACGGCCGAGGGGAUGGACGAGUCGGAAUUCUCCGAUUGUCAGCACGCGUUGUACGAUCUAAUUUCGGAAUAUCAGCAGCACCAGGAGGCACCGACCGAGACUACCUUCGAAUUGGACACGGCGGAAUACGAAGAAUAAUCGAGG